CUACUCUGUGUGUUACAUUGGUAUCACUGAUGACUUGCAAUAUGUCUCCUGUAUCACUGGUCAUGUCAUGAAAGUGAUGUUUUUUGCGGAGAUUUCAUGUGUUAAUUGUGGUGUUAAAUUAUAGCAUAAAUUUGAGAGACAUGAAGGUGGUAUUAAUGGUCGCGGAGAAGCCUUCACUGGCUACGUCUUUGGCUAAUAUUUUAAGUAAUGGGAAAUGUAGUAGUCGUAAAGGUUCUAAUAGUGCUUGCUCAGUGCAUGAAUGGACGGGUACGUUCCACGGUGAACCUGUCUGUUUUCGAAUGACAUCUGUGUGUGGUCAUGUCAUGACCUUAGAUUUCAUCGGAAAAUACAAUAAUUGGGAUAGGGUAGAUCCUGUGGAGUUAUUUUCAUGCCCCACCGAGAAGAAAGAAGCAACGCCAAAACUUAAAAUGCUUGCAUUUUUAUCCCAGGAAGCCAAAGGUAUUGCUUAUCUUGUUUUAUGGCUAGAUUGUGAUAAAGAAGGAGAAAACAUAUGUUUUGAGGUUAUUGGUGCCGUUCAUCAAAAUUUAAGGAAUAAUGUUACAUGCCCUGAAGAAGUUAUAUAUAGAGCCCAUUUCUCAGCUAUUACAGAAAAGGAUAUAAAAGCAGCUUUCUCAAAUCUUGGUCGACCUAAUGAAAAUGAAGCUCGUAGUGUAGAUGCUCGUCAAGAAUUGGAUUUACGAAUUGGUUGUGCUUUCACAAGGUUUCAAACCAAGUUUUUUCAGGGUAAAUAUGGUGAUUUGGAUGCAUCAUUAAUUUCUUAUGGCCCAUGCCAAACCCCAACAUUAGGUUUUUGUGUCCAGAGGCAUGAUGAGAUACAAACAUUUAAACCAGAACAAUAUUGGGUUAUUCAGGUGCUUUUAAAAGCAGAAGAUGGUAGAGAAGUAACUUUAGAUUGGGAAAGAGUACGCUGUUUUGAGAAGGAUGUUGCCACUAUGUUCCUUGCAGAUAUCAAGGAAUACAAAGAAGCAAUUGUAAUGAAUAUUUCAACUAAAGAGAAGGUAAAGCAGCGACCUCAAGCGUUAAAUACUGUGGAGUUAAUGAGAGUAGCAAGUGCUGGGCUUGGAAUUGGACCCCAUCAUGCUAUGCAACUUGCUGAACGUCUUUAUACUCAAGGAUUUAUCAGUUACCCACGAACUGAAACUACUCACUAUCCAGAGAAUUUUGACCUGACGGGUGUUUUGAAGCAACAACAACACAGUUCAGAGUGGGGAAAGGAAGUGAGAGAAAUUCUUUCAGAAGGCAAUUAUAGGCCGCGUAAAGGGCAUGAUGCUGGUGACCACCCUCCAAUAACUCCCAUGAAACUUGCUCAGAAAUCAGAUUUGGAUUCUGAAUCCUGGAAGAUUUAUGACUACAUUACUAGGCAUUUCAUUGCAACUGUUUCUCGUGACUGCAAAUAUCUCAGUACAACAGUAUCUUUCAAAAUAGGCAAUGAAAAUUUUUCUUGUACUGGGAAAACAUUACUGGAUCCAGGUUAUACGUUAGUAAUGCAUUGGCAGUCUUUUGGCAAAGAUGAAACUGUUCCUACUUUUACAAAGGGUGAAGCAAUUCCAAUUCAUGAUGCCAAAUUAGUGGAGUGUCAGACUUCGCCUCCUGACUAUCUCACAGAAGCUGAACUUAUCACUCUUAUGGAAAAACAUGGCAUUGGUACUGAUGCAUCCAUUCCUGUGCAUAUAAACAAUAUCUGCCAACGGAAUUAUGUCACGGUCUCUGCUGGCAGAAAACUGGUUCCUACUUCUUUGGGAAUAGUUUUAGUUCAUGGUUAUCAAAAGAUCGACCCAGAAUUGGUGCUUCCAACAAUGAGAUCUGCUGUGGAGGAGCAGCUUAAUUUAAUAGCUAGAGGAGAAGCUAAUUUCAAUGCCGUUCUACAACAUACAGUGGAAAUUUUUAGACAGAAGUUUUUAUAUUUUGUUAAAAACAUAGAGGGCAUGGAUCAGUUAUUUGAAGUUACAUUUUCAACACUUUCUGCAUCAGGCAAAUCCCAUUCCAGGUGUGGUAAGUGCCGGCGAUACAUGAAGUAUAUACAGGCAAAACCUUCGAGACUUCACUGCGCUCAUUGUGAUGAAACCUACAACUUGCCUCAAAAUGGUAACAUCCGUAUCUAUAAAGAAUUGAAGUGCCCUUUGGAUGAUUUUGAAUUAUUGUCAUGGUCUGCUGGUGCGAAGGGAAAAAGUUUUCCAUUCUGCCCAUAUUGUUUCAAUAACCCCCCAUUCAGGGAAAUGAAGAAGGGCAGUGGCUGUAAUUCGUGUACUCAUCCUAGCUGCCCUCACAGUUUAAACAGCAAUGGUGUUUCAAGCUGUGUUGAAUGUGAAGGUGGUGUCCUUGUGCUGGAUCCUGCAUCAGGACCUAAAUGGAAAUUGGGUUGUAACAGGUGUGAUGUUAUAAUCCAUCUAUUCGAUGAUGCCCAAAAAGUGUUUGUUGAAGAAAAUGUUUGUGAGUGUGGUGCACAACUUAUAUCAGUUGAAUAUAAGCCAGAGAAAACUAAACUUCCUAAUGAAGCUACCGAGAUGACAGGCUGCGUCUUUUGUUAUUCGCCUUUCACCUCUUUAGUUGAAAAGCACAGAGCGGUUGCCAGAGCUCCUAAUAGUAGAGCAACUCGAGGGCGUAGUGGUCGUGGACGUAAUAAGGGGAAGCCACGACCUCCUAAGGACAAGAUGGCUCAGCUGGCAGCUUAUUUUGUGUGAUUUAUGGGUAUUUUAACUUAUUGGGAAGAAAGGAAGGUAUACAGUGUGAUUAAUUUGUAUUGUACAUUAAUAUAUAAUGCAGUAAAUAAUUUUUACUACUGUAAAUAAAAGGUAUGUUGUUCUAGUAACAUCUUGACACUGUCAACUAACAUUAAUUUAUUACCAUGAUGUUACUCUCUGAGUUAAUGAGUGAAGAUUCAUAUGUACAACUAAAUUCUGGAAAUGUAAAAGUAAUGAGGUUAUCUUUUAAUUUAUGUAUUUCUAUGUACACAACAUCUACUCCAGAUCCUCA